AAGCUGUGGACGCAGUUCUGCGCAUGUGCAGGAAGUGCCCGAGUUUCACUAUGUAACUUUUAAGUGGUCCGGACGCCGCCGUGCCGGGCCAGGUGGAGCCAGACCACUCCCCCAGGCCGCGUCAGCCGUGCCGCGGUAGCAGGGACGGCAAGCGCAAUGACCGAUUCCCCAUUCCUGGAGCUGUGGCAGUCCAAGACCAUGUCUAUCCGAGAGCGACUGGGCCUUGGGGACCAGCCCAAUGACUCCUACUGCUACAACUCGGCCAAAAACAGCACAGUGCUCCAGGGAGUCACUUUCGGAGGCAUCCCUACUGUCCUGCUCAUAGACGUCAGCUGCUUCCUGUGUUUAAUAUUGGUGUUUUCCAUCAUAAGAAGAAGAUUCUGGGAUUAUGGUCGCAUUGCCCUGGUGUCAGAAACAGACAGUGAGUCCAGAUUCCAGAGAUUGUCAUCGAGUUCCUCUUCAGGGCAACAUGACUUUGAAAAUGAGCUGGGAUGCUGCCCCUGGCUGACUGCGAUCUUCCGCCUGCACGAUGACCAGAUCCUGGAAUGGUGUGGGGAGGAUGCCAUCCACUACCUGUCUUUCCAGAGGCACAUCAUCUUCCUGUUGGUGGUGGUCAGCUUCUUGUCCCUGUGUGUCAUCCUGCCGGUCAACCUCUCAGGAGACUUGCUAGACAAAGAUCCUUAUAGUUUUGGAAGGACAACAAUAGCAAACCUGCAGACUGGCAAUGACCUCCUUUGGCUGCACACCAUCUUUGCCGUCAUUUACCUCAUCCUCACCGUGGGCUUCAUGCGGCACCACACCCAGUCCAUCAAGUACAAAGAAGAGAACCUGGUGAGAAGGACCUUAUUCAUCACAGGGCUCUCCAGAGAUGCCAAAAAAGAGACAGUGGAGAGCCACUUCCGGGAUGCAUAUCCCACGUGUGAGGUGGUGGAUGUCCAGCUGUGCUACAACGUGGCCAAGCUGAUCUACCUGUGCAGGGAGAGAAAGAAGACAGAGAAGAGCCUGACCUAUUAUACAAAUCUGCAGAUGAAGACAGGUCGGACAACCCUCAUCAACCCCAAGCCCUGUGGUCAGUUCUGCUGCUGCGAAGUGCAGGGCUGUGAGCGGGAGGAUGCCAUCUCUUACUACACACGCCUGAAGGACAGGCUGCUAGAGAGGAUCUCAGCAGAGGAAUGCCAGGUCCAGAAUCAGCCUCUGGGAAUGGCAUUUGUCACCUUCCAGGAGAAGUCUAUGGCCACCUACAUUCUGAAAGACUUCAAUGCCUGCAAGUGUCAGGGCCUGCAGUGCAAAGGUGAGCCCCAGCCGUCUUCCUACGGCAGAGAGCUCUGCAUCUCCAGCUGGACGGUCAACUUUGCCUCAUACCCAGAGGACAUCUGCUGGAAGAACCUCUCCAUCCAGGGCCUCCGCUGGUGGCUCCAGUGGCUGGGCAUCAACUUCACCCUCUUCAUAGUGCUGUUUUUCCUGACCACACCCUCCAUCAUCCUGUCUACCAUGGACAAGUUCAAUGUCACCAAACCCAUCCAUGCACUAAAUAACCCGAUUGUCAGCCAGUUCUUCCCCACGCUCCUGCUCUGGUCCUUCUCGGCCCUGCUCCCAUCCAUUGUCUACUACUCUACGCUGCUGGAGUCUCACUGGACCAAGUCAGGGGAAAACCGGAUCAUGAUGACCAAAGUCUACAUAUUCUUGAUCUUCAUGGUGCUGAUCCUGCCCUCCCUGGGCCUCACCAGUCUGGAUUUUUUCUUCCGGUGGCUCUUUGACAAAACUUCCUCUGAGACCUCUGUCAGAUUGGAGUGCGUCUUCCUGCCGGACCAGGGUGCCUUCUUUGUGAACUACAUCAUCGCCUCAGCCUUUAUUGGCAACGGCAUGGAGCUGCUGCGGCUGCCUGGCCUCAUCCUCUACACCUUCCGCAUGAUCAUGGCCAAGACAGCUGCUGACCGCAGGAAUGUCAAGCAGAACCAGGCCUUUGAGUAUGAGUUUGGAGCCAUGUAUGCGUGGAUGCUGUGUGUCUUCACGGUCAUCAUGGCCUACAGCAUCACCUGCCCCAUCAUUGUGCCAUUUGGCCUCAUCUACAUUCUGCUCAAGCACAUGGUGGACCGGCACAACCUCUACUUCGUCUACCUCCCAGCCAAGCUGGAGAAGAGGAUCCACUUUGCCGCAGUGAACCAGGCCUUGGCUGCUCCCAUCCUCUGCCUCUUCUGGCUCUUCUUCUUCUCCUUCCUACGGCUGGGUCUGAAGGCCCCUGCCACCCUAUUUACCUUCCUGGUUGUGCUGCUCACCAUCCUGGUCUGCCUGGCUUACACUUGCUUUGGAUGCUUCAAGCACCUCAGCCCUCUGAACUACAAGACAGAAGAAUCAUCAAGUGACAAAGAAAGUGAGACAGAGUCCCACGUGCCCCCACCGUUCACACCCUAUGUGCCCCGGAUUCUGAAUGGUUUGGCCUCAGAGAGGACAGCCCUGUCCCCACAGCUGCAACAGACCUAUGGUGCCAUCCACAACAUCAGUGGGACUCUCCCUGGACAGCACUUGGCCCAGAGCCCUGCGGACAGUGUGGCUUCUGCCUACCAGGAGGCCUGAGGAUGGGCAAGCUGCUGGUCCGGGCCAGACUCAGAAACCCCAGAAAAGACUCAGGUGGAAAAGCAGCAUGACUCCAACCUCUACCAAGUUCAGGACUUCUUUCCAUCUAUUUUAAGCCACACUGUUCUGAAAAGAUAGAACCAGAAGGGCCUGGGACUCAGGUCCUUAGUUGAGGGGAAGGAUUUGGACUGCCAGGGUAAGAGCCUUCAAGGGGUCCUCUUUUUUUUCUGUUCACAGCAGAAGUGUGGGUAGCAACUGUGGCUCCCUACCUUCAUUUGCUCACUUGAGAUUCUGCACAUUUAUGUUCCCAUUCCCACUCCCGUGCAAGCUUCCAGCUCUGUAGCUGGGACAACCGCCAUUCCCAGUGGUUUGUAGCCAAGAUCAUGUGUGGGAAUUUUAAUGCCCAGACUGAUUAGCCCUGAAGAUUAUGUUGGAUGAUAAGGAGAAAUGUAACAAGGGGAAGGCCUUGUCUGUCUGAGUGCCCAGUCACAGCCUGUCCCUCUGCAGGCUCAUGGACAACUAAUGACCAGAAAGCCUGCAGUCAUCAUGUCUGAGAGGAAGCCUAGAUGGGAGUCCAGCAUGCACCUGCCCCUAGCCAGGCAGCCCCUGCAACCUGCUCCUGAAGUGAGCUGUGGGGAGCUGGGGUGGGAGUACCAGGGCUGGCCGCAGUGGGCUCCUGCCAGCUGUGCCCACACGCCUCCAUCCCACCAUGGGUCUAGGUUUUUGUCAUGUUGCCAGGGAUUCUGUGACUGGGUAAGGGAGAGAAAAUGAGGGGACAGAGGCAAGCCCCUUCUUCAGAAAAGGGGCCUCUUCUUCAAGACAAGAUUGGGGAGAAAGGCAGAGAAAAUGAAGAUUAUUAAGAAUGUAAGUGCCCAUGGUCUAGGCUGGUGAGAUCAGGUCUCAGGGCAAGUGUGUGGAGUUCCACUCCAGGAAGGCUCCCUCCAGCUUCAAGAUGGGGAGGGGCUGUGCUCAGGGCCUUCGUGGUUAGUAGAGAGGAGUGAGGAGGGUGUCUGGGCUGGAUGCAGGGCUGUCUGCUGCCCUUGAGUUGCGACCCUGCAGGAAGUACUGGCAGCACCUUACCUUUUUCCUUCCUACAGGAUCUCAGGACUGGGACCUGACUGAACUUUUGCCCAAAUGCCUCCUCCCUGCUGCCUCCAGGGGGCACCAAAGGGGCCAGAUGCACACAGAAGCCAGGGGCAAGGCGAGGGUGUGGAGGGUUGAGAGGGGUUUCCGUGCACAGAGCUGUCCACAGAGUGUCCACCAAGGCUCCCUCCAGCUGUAGGCCCCACCUACGCUUGUCCACAGCCCUGGCUGGGCCCGGGCAAGCACACCUCUGCCGAGUGACCUUGAUCCUGGGAGGCACUAGGGCAGUGCCACCUGUUCUUUGGGGGCUGCUUCCUAAAGGGUGGUCCUGGUCAGUGACCUUGGCCUCUAAAAGCUUCUCCUACCUUUCUCAGCAAGGAGGGGCAGCAGAGAGCUGGCGGGGGGGGGACUUCCCAGCACAAAUGUGGGCCUACCAGCUCUCUGAAAGGGGAGUCCCAAGCUUGUUAUUUGGGUCCAGCCACUCUUAGAAGUAAAAUCAUUUAUUAUCAAA